UUAAUCCUGGUGUCUAUAAAAAACGCUUCCGCUCCUCUUCCGUAUAAAAAAAACAUUAGGAAAUAUUCAUGGCGUGACGCUACGACAUAUAAGAAGGUAUUAAACAGGAUCCCAAGAUGAACUACGUACCGGGGACGGCUAGUCUCAUAGACGAGAUCGACAAAAAACAUCUGGUUCUCCUCCGAGAUGGUAGAACACUAAUCGGAUACCUAAGAAGCAUUGAUCAAUUCGCCAACUUAGUGUUCCAUCAGACGGUUGAACGUAUCCACGUGGGCAAGAAAUUUGGUGACAUUCCUAGAGGAAUCUUCAUUGUGCGAGGAGAAAAUGUGGUGCUGCUAGGCGAAAUAGAUGUUGAUAAACCUUGCGACACAAUCCUGCAGCAGGUCUCUAUUGAGGAGAUUCUAGAAGAGCAGAGGUUGAAGCAGCAAACCAAGCAGGAGACUGAGAAAGUAAAGAUGCAGGUCCUAAAAGACCGAGGCCUCUCCAUCCCGAAAGCUGAUAACUUGGAUGAAUAUUAGCACGGCACACAGCCAAUGAGCUGCUUCAGUUUGUAUCAGACUGGUAUAUUAGUUGAAUUUGAAAGCAUGAUUUUAUGAGCGCAUGGCAACAUUAUACUUUGCCUCUUUACUGUAGUGUACUGUUGAAUUUAAUUUGAAAGAACUUCUCUCAGUUUGUCAGGUCCACUUUGGGAAAAUGGAUUGUUGUGGAUCAAUAUGAUGGUAGUUAUUUUACAACAGCACUUUGUGUUACUCAAGUGUUUGUAUUUGGAGAUAUAAAGGCCCAUGGUGACACAAAUGAAAUGGCUAUGCUCCAUUAAAAUGUUAUUUUUUAA